GGAAUCACUUAGACACUUCCAGCUGGUGGCAGGGGAUACAGCCAUAAUACAGCUUUCUCUGUCCCAGCUGUCUUUUUCAUUACGUUAAAUGCAUUACAAUGGCUGCACUGCUUUAUAAAGGUUCAGGUACAGAAAGGUAUAGAAAGAAAAUAUGCAAACAUGCAUUUUUGUAGUGCCUGCCAGCUUCUACAAGAUCUUUGGAUUCUGAAUGUGUUCCUGGCUCUGAUCUAAGAUAUCCUUCCAGUCAUUGGAACAUUUGCUGAAAGGGCUUCUUAAGGUGCCUCAGGAUAUCACCUUUUACAAGGAAUCAUUGUUGUAAAGGAUUUUUAGUGCAUUAUGGCUCAUGCAGCCUCACAGCUAAAGAAAAACAGGGAUUUAGAAAUUGUUGCUGAUGAAGAAAAUGAGAAAAAAAGAAAACACAGGAAAAGAUCCCGGGAUCGGAAGAGAAAGUCUGAUACAAAUGCAAGUUAUCUACGAGCUGCUCGAGCUGGCAACCUAGAAAAGGCUCUUGACUACUUAAAAACUGGAGUGGACAUCAACAUUUGCAAUCAGAAUGGGUUGAACGCACUCCAUCUUGCUUCCAAAGAAGGUCAUGUAGAAGUUGUUUCAGAACUGAUAAAGCGAGGUGCCAAUGUGGAUGCAGCAACAAAGAAAGGAAACACAGCACUGCACAUAGCCUCUCUGGCUGGCCAGACAGAAGUUGUUAAAGUGUUGGUUACGAAUAAGGCCAAUGUCAAUGCACAGUCUCAGAAUGGUUUCACACCAUUGUAUAUGGCAGCCCAAGAAAAUCACCUGGAAGUUGUUAAGUUUCUUCUUGACAAUGGUGCAAGUCAGAGCCUUGCUACUGAGGAUGGAUUCACACCUUUGGCAGUAGCCUUGCAACAAGGCCAUGACCAGGUGGUUUCACUGUUGCUUGAAAAUGAUACAAAGGGAAAAGUCCGUCUUCCUGCUCUCCACAUUGCUGCCCGCAAGGAUGACACAAAGGCUGCUGCUCUGUUGCUGCAGAAUGACCAUAAUGCAGAUGUGGAGUCAAAGAUGCUGGUGAAUAGAACAACGGAGAGUGGUUUUACUCCGCUCCACAUAGCGGCUCACUAUGGAAAUAUUAAUGUCGCUACAUUGCUAUUAAAUCGGAGUGCUGCUGUGGACUUCACUGCAAGGAAUGAUAUCACUCCAUUACAUGUUGCAUCGAAGAGAGGAAAUGCUAAUAUGGUCAAACUCUUACUUGAUCGAGGAGCUAAAAUCGAUGCCAAAACAAGGGAUGGACUGACACCUCUUCACUGUGGAGCAAGAAGUGGGCAUGAACAGGUUGUGAAAAUGCUGCUUGAUCGUGGCGCGCCCAUUCUAUCCAAAACCAAGAAUGGUUUGUCUCCAUUGCACAUGGCAACACAAGGAGAUCAUUUAAACUGUGUUCAGCUUCUGAUUCAGCACAGCGUGCCCGUUGAUGAUGUCACUAAUGACUAUCUGACUGCACUGCAUGUUGCCGCUCACUGUGGCCACUUCAAAGUUGCCAAGGUUCUCUUGGACGAGAAAGCUAAUCCUAAUGCCAAAGCACUGAAUGGUUUCACACCUCUUCAUAUUGCUUGCAAGAAGAACAGAAUUAAGGUUAUGGAACUUCUCCUGAAACAUGGUGCAUCUAUCCAAGCUGUAACUGAGUCGGGCCUAACUCCAAUCCAUGUUGCUGCCUUCAUGGGACAUGUAAAUAUUGUGUCACAGCUGAUGCAUCACGGAGCAUCACCCAACACUACCAAUGUGAGAGGAGAAACAGCACUACAUAUGGCUGCCAGAGCUGGCCAAGCAGAAGUUGUUCGAUACCUAGUACAAAACGGAGCUCAGGUAGAAGCUAAAGCUAAGGAUGACCAAACUCCACUACACAUUUCUGCCCGAUUGGGAAAAGCUGAUAUAGUGCAGCAGUUGUUACAGCAAGGAGCAUCUCCGAAUGCAGCCACUACUUCUGGGUAUACACCACUACAUCUUGCUGCUCGAGAGGGACAUGAAGAUGUAGCCUCUGUUCUUUUGGAUCAUGGUGCAUCUUUAGCUAUAAUUACAAAGAAAGGGUUUACUCCUCUGCAUGUAGCUGCAAAAUAUGGAAAAAUUGAAGUAGCCAACCUUCUGCUUCAGAAGAAUGCAUCUCCAGAUGCUGCUGGAAAGAGUGGUUUAACUCCACUCCAUGUAGCUGCACAUUACGAUAAUCAGAAAGUGGCACUUCUGCUCUUGGACCAGGGAGCUUCACCUCAUGCAUCCGCAAAGAAUGGUUAUACACCACUGCACAUAGCUGCCAAGAAAAACCAGAUGGAUAUAGCGACUACAUUGCUUGAAUAUGGUGCUGAUGCUAACGCUGUUACCAGACAGGGUAUUGCCCCUGUACAUCUCGCAUCCCAGGAAGGCCAUGUGGACAUGGUGUCAUUGCUGCUUACUAGAAAUGCUAAUGUGAAUCUUAGCAACAAGAGUGGACUAACACCACUUCACCUGGCUGCUCAAGAGGACAAAGUCAACGUGGCAGAGGUUCUUGUUAAUCAAGGGGCUGUUGUUGAUGCACCGACAAAGAUGGGAUAUACUCCAUUGCAUGUUGGCUGCCACUAUGGAAACAUAAAGAUUGUUAAUUUCCUUCUGCAACACUUUGCAAAAGUUAAUGCCAAAACAAAGAAUGGGUACACCCCUCUACACCAGGCUGCUCAGCAGGGACACACCCAUAUCAUUAACGUCUUGCUCCAGAAUGGCGCAUUGCCCAAUGAACUCACUGUGAAUGGGAACACUGCCCUAGCCAUUGCUAAACGACUUGGCUACAUUUCAGUUGUUGACACAUUGAAGAUAGUGACAGAAGAGACCAUGACUACAAUUACUGUCACUGAAAAGCAUAAAAUGAAUGUACCAGAAACUAUGAAUGAAGUUCUUGAUAUGUCUGAUGAUGAAGUUCGUAAAGCCUACACCCCUGAAAUUCUCAGUGAUGGUGAAUAUAUGUCAGAUGUUGAAGAAGGUGAGGAUGCAAUGACAGGCGAUACAGACAAAUAUCUUGGGCCGCAGGAUCUAAAAGAGUUGGGAGAUGAUUCUCUGCCUGCUGAAGGAUACAUGGGCUUUAGUCUAGGAGCCCGCUCUGCCAGUCCUAAAGUCAGCAGCCUCCGCUCCUUCAGUUCGGAUAGGUCCUACACUCUGAACAGAAGUUCCUAUGCACGAGACAGCAUGAUGAUUGAAGAAUUGCUGGUACCAUCAAAGGAUCCGCACCUGACAUUUCCAAGGGAAUUUGAUUCUGAUUCUCUCAGACAUUAUAGCUGGGCUGCAGACACCUUGGAUAAUGUUAACCUUGUCUCAAGUCCCAUCCAUUCUGGUUUUCUGGUUAGUUUUAUGGUUGAUGCACGUGGGGGCUCAAUGAGGGGUAGUCGUCAUCAUGGAAUGAGAAUUAUUAUUCCACCACGCAAAUGUACAGCACCCACCCGCAUCACCUGCCGUUUGGUAAAGAGGCAUAAACUGGCCACCCCACCACCAAUGGUUGAAGGAGAAGGACUAGCCAGUAGACUGGUAGAAAUGGGGCCUGCAGGUGCACAGUUUUUAGGCCCUGUUAUAGUGGAAAUCCCACAUUUUGGAUCAAUGCGAGGAAAAGAAAGAGAACUGAUUGUCCUUCGCAGUGAAAAUGGUGAAACAUGGAAGGAACACCAGUAUGACAGCAAACAUGAAGACUUAAAUGAAAUUCUCAAUGGAAUGGAUGAAGAGCUGGAUAGCGCUGAGGAACUAGAGAAGAAGCGUAUCUGUAGAAUCAUCACAAAGGAUUUUCCUCAGUACUUUGCAGUGGUUUCACGAAUUAAGCAGGAAAGUAACCAAAUUGGUCCUGAGGGAGGUGUUUUGAGCAGUACAACUGUGCCUCAUGUCCAAGCAUCCUUCCCAGAGGGUGCUCUAACCAAAAGAAUUCGAGUUGGCCUCCAGGCUCAACCAGUUCCAGAUGAGAUUGUCAAAAAAAUCCUCGGAAACAAAGCAACUUUCAGCCCCAUUGUCACUGUGGAACCAAGAAGAAGAAAAUUUCAUAAACCUAUAACAAUGACAAUUCCUGUGCCACCCCCUUCAGGAGAAGGUGUGACCAAUGGAUACAAAGGAGACACCACACCUAGCCUUCGACUUCUAUGUAGCAUUACAGGAGGGACUUCACCUGCUCAGUGGGAAGAUAUCACAGGAACCACUCCAUUGACAUUUGUAAAUGACUGUGUUUCUUUCACGACCAACGUUUCAGCCAGAUUUUGGCUUGCAGAUUGCCAUCAGGUACUAGAAACUGUCGGCCUUGCCACACAACUUUAUAGGGAAUUAAUAUGUGUUCCUUAUAUGGCCAAGUUUGUGAUAUUUGCCAAAAUGAAUGACCCCGUGGAAUCUAAUUUGCGUUGCUUCUGCAUGACUGAUGAUAAAGUGGACAAAACUUUGGAGCAACAAGAGAAUUUUGAAGAAGUUGCAAGAAGUAAAGAUAUCGAGGUUCUGGAAGGAAAACCUAUUUAUGUUGAUUGCUAUGGAAAUCUGGCCCCUUUGACAAAAGGAGGACAACAGCUUGUUUUUAAUUUUUAUGCUUUCAAGGAAAAUAGACUGCCAUUCUCUAUUAAGAUUAGAGACACCAGCCAAGAGCCUUGUGGUCGUUUAUCAUUUUUGAAAGAACCAAAGACUACAAAAGGACUGCCACAAACAGCUGUUUGCAACUUAAAUAUUACUCUUCCAGCACACAAAAAGGAAACAGAGUCAGAUCAAGAUGAUGAGACGGAGAAAACAGACAGACGUCAAAGCUUCGUCUCUCUUGCUUUACGUAAGCGUUACAGCUAUCUGACUGAGCCUGGAAUGAAAACAGUUGAACGGAGUGCAGGAGCAACAAGAUCCCUACCUGCUACUUAUUCAUACAAGCCAUUCUUUUCAACAAGACCAUAUCAGUCAUGGACAACAGCUCCAAUUACUGUGCCUGGGCAAACCAAAUCAGGCUUCACUUCCCUAUCAAGCUCUUCCUCCAAUACACCUACAGCUUCCCCAUUAAAAUCAAUAUGGUCUGUUUCUUCUGCUUCUCCAAUCAAAUCUACGUUAGGAGCUUCUACUACCUCUUCAAUUAAAUCUGUUAAUGACGUAGCAUCUCCAAUUAGAUCAUUUCGGACAAUCUCUUCACCAAUAAAAACCGUUGUAUCACAGCCUCCAUAUAAUAUCCAAGUUUCUUCUGGUUCUUUCAUCAGAGCUUCUGCAGUAACAGAAGCCACUAAUUUAAAAGGAAUGGCAUCCACUUCAACAUUUCCUUCUCGGACAUCUCCAGUGACUACAGCAGGGUCUCUUUUGGAGAGAUCAUCCAUCACCAUGACACCUCCAGCAUCCCCCAAAUCGAACAUUAACAUGUAUUCUUCAAGUUUACCAUUUAAGUCUAUCAUCACAUCAGCAUCACCACUUUUAACUUCACCUUUAAAGUCAGUGGUAUCUCCUGCUAAGUCAGAGGUUGAUGCUGUUUCAUCAUCUAAAGUCAUGAUGACUUCAUCUCUCUCAUCACCUGUGAAACAUAUACCUGGACCUACAGAUGUAGCAUUGGUUAAUGGAUCCAUGUCACCUCUGAAAUAUCCAUCCUCUGCCACUGUAAUAACUGGAUCCAAACCUGCAGCUACGUUUCAAGACAAGAUCUCUGCAACUACAAGUUCUGCAAGUUGUGCUACUAAUGCAGCCCCUGAUACAGUUGAGAAGGUGUUUCCGACCACUACUACAAUGCCAUUUUCUCCACUUAGGGCAUUUGUGUCUUCAACACCAUCUGCUUUUCAGUCAAUAAGAACUCCUUCUGCAGGUGCACUAUAUACAUCUUUUGGGUCAAUAUCUGCAACUACCUCAUCAGUAACUUCAUCAACAAUAACAGUGCCAGUAUAUUCUCUAGUCAAUGUUUUAUCUGAACCAGCAUUAAAGAAGCUUCCAGAGUCUUCACUUACAAAAUCAGCAGCUGCAUUACUAUCACCUAGUAAAACAUUGACUACAGAGACUUGUACACAGCCUCACUUUAAUCGAACUUCGUCUUCGAUAAAAUCAUCCUUGUUUUUAGCACCCUCUGCUCUUAAAUUGUCUACCCCAUCUUCUUUAUCCUCCAGCCAGGAGAUAUUGAAAGAUGUUGCUGAAAUGAAAGAGGACCUAAUCAGGAUGACUGCAAUAUUGCAGACAGAUGUAACGGAGGACAAGCCAUUCCAGCCUGAACUAACAAAAGAGGGUAGAAUUGAUGAUGAAGAGCCCUUUAAAAUUGUUGAGAAAGUAAAAGAAGACUUGGUAAAAGUUAGUGAGAUACUGAAAAAAGAUGUGUGUUUGGAAAACAAAGGGUCAACCAGAGUGUCAAAAAGCGAUAAAGGACACUUAUCUGAAGAUGAAUGGGUAGAGUUCAGUCCAGAGGAGAUUGAUGAAGCAAGACAACAGGCUAUAACAUGCCAUCCUGUUCCAGAAAAAGUGCAAAUUAAAGCUAAAGCUGCAUCUGAAAAGGAUUACAAUUUGACAAAAGUAAUUGAUUAUUUAACAAAUGAUAUUGGUAGUACUUCAUUGGCAACCAUAAAGUACAAGUUUGAAGAGGGGAAAAAAGAUGAAGAGAGACAAAAACGCAUUUUAAAACCAGUGAUUGCUUUACAGGAACAUAAACUUAAAAUGCCUCCAGCCUCCAUGAGGCCUUCUACUUCAGAAAAAGAAUUAUGUAAAAUUGCAGAUUCCUUUUUUGGAACAGAUACUAUUUUAGAAUCUCCAGAUGAUUUUUCUCAACAUGACCAAGAUAAAAGUCCUUUGUCUGACAGUGGCUUUGAAACAAGAAGUGAAAAAACACCUUCAGCCCCACAAAGUGCUGAAAGCACAGGGCCAAAACCACUUUUCCAUGAUGCACCCAUCCCUCCUGUUAUUACAGAAACAAGAACUGAAGUAGUUCAUGUUAUCCGCAGUUAUGAACCGUCAUCAGAAGAGAUUCCAGAGCAGCAAACAGAGGAGCAACCUUCAUUGAAACCUGCACUUACUUUAAUGGAGUUGGAACAAAAACCCACUGGGUCUAUUAAAGAAAAGGUUAAAGCAUUUCAAAUGAAAACCAACAACAGUGAAGAAGAUGACCACAAGUGUGUUCUUAGCAAAGGUGUCCGGGUGAAAGAAGAAACUCAUAUCACUACUACAACUAGAAUGGUUUAUCAUAAACCUCCAUGCACUGAAAGUACCUCAGAAAGAACUGAGGAAACAAUGUCCGUUCAUGACAUAAUGAAAGCUUUUCAAUCAGGACGUGACCCUUCCAAAGAACUGGCAGGUCUGUUUGAACAUAAAUCGUCAGUAACAUCAGAUGUUAGCAAGUCUGCUGAAACUUCACCACAACAUGCAGAGAAGGACAGCAAAAUGAAACCCAAACUGGAACGUAUAAUAGAGGUCCAUAUUGAAAAAGGUAAUCAAGCUGAACCUACUGAAGUCAUUAUUAGAGAAACAAAAAAGCAUCCAGAAAAAGAAAUGUAUGUAUAUCAGAAAGACUUACCUCGGGGAGAUAUUAACAUAAAAGGUUUGGAAAAACAUGAUACUUUUCCUUGUUCUGAUGAACAAGGUCAGCAAGAAGAAGAAGAGCUAACAGCUGAAGAGUCACUUCCUUCUUAUCUGGAAUCUUCUAGAGUAAACACUCCUGUUUCCCAGGAAGAAGACAGUCGCCCUAGUUCUGCUCAACUCGUGUCUGAUGACUCUUACAAAACGCUGAAGCUUUUGAGUCAACACUCAAUAGAAUACCAUGAUGAUGAGUUGUCAGAAUUAAGAGGGGAGUCUUACAGGUUUGCUGAGAAAAUGCUUCUUUCAGAAAAGCUAGAUGUGUCUCAUUCUGAUACUGAGGAGUCAGUUACUGACCAUACUCUACCCCUUAGUUCAGAGUUACAGGGGUCUGAUAAACGAUGCAGAGAAAAAGUAGCCACUGCCCCCCAAAAAGAAAUUCUCUCCAAAAUCUAUAAAGAUGUGUCUGAAAAUGGUGUAGGUAAAAUGUCUAAAGAUGAUCAUUAUGAUAAAGUGACAGUGUUACACUACACUGGAGAUGUUAGUAGUCCAAAACAUGCCAUGUGGAUGCGCUUUACUGAGGACAGAUUAGACAGAGGUAGAGAAAAGAUGAUGUAUGAAGACAGGGUGGACAGGACUGUUAAGGAGGCAGAAGAAAAACUGACUGAAGUAUCACAGUUUUUUCGGGACAAAACAGAAAAGUUGAAUGAUGAGCUACAAUCUCCAGAGAAAAAGCAACAUAAAAAAAAUGGCAAAGAAAUGCAUUCUAGUCAUAGCUCUGCCAGCAGCAGCCCUGAAAAAGUACUGCUCAGUGAAAUAGGGACAUUGAGUGAUGACUGGAGUAAAGUGCGGCAGUAUGGGCAUGAUGGAAAGUGUUCUCCAACAGCCGAUGAAAGAAAAGCAGCAAGUUUGCCCAGCAGUCCUGAAAGAAAGAUUCUUGCUCAACAAACGAGGGACUGUAAACAAACUAUGGAACACAAAGGAAAUGCUCAGCAGAGUAAAACAGCUGAAGCUUCACAGACUGGAUUUCAGCUAAAACAAUCCAAGCUUAAUUCCAUUAGACUUAAAUUUGAACAAAGUAUAAGUCCAAGGACUAAAGAUCUAGCUCAAGAAGAAAAAAAGCAAGAUAGUCAAUCCAAAAUUCCAGUAAAGAAAUUACAAGAAAGCAAACUACCAGUGUAUCAGUUUUAUGCAAGAGAAAAGCACCCAAAACAAAUAGAUCUGACAGAAGGAAAUGCAUCACUGCAAAAAGAAUAUACUACUAUGAAACUGAAGGAAGAUAAUGUCCAAGGUAAAGGAAAAGUUAUAGAAGACGUUUGUGCUUCAGAAGUACAGAAACAGAGCACUGAAAUAUCAAGUAAAAGCCUGCUAGAAUAUACUUCUGAACAGCAAGCUAAAGACUUGGCAUAUAGCUCAGACUUACCAGCUAAGGGACAUUGGGACAAAAAAGUCUAUCGAACAUGGGAAAGUCCUGGAGCUUCUAACCAUAAAACACCAAAAGAAAAACUUUCCCAUGUACUUGUUCAAGAUAUGGUGGAAGAAAACCAUGUUGACCAUGCUGAGACUAAAACUAAAAAGAGUGAAUUUAUCACUGUGACAGAGAGUGAACACAAAUUGCCAACGCAUGGAUCUCAUUCAAGAGAGGUGAAGGAAAUGAGUGUAAAAUCUCCAUCAAAAAAGGUUCUGUACAGAGAAUUUGUUGUCAGAGAAGGGGAACACACCAAUGAAAUGACAGAUAAAACUUCAAAAAGAAAGGAAUCGACUGUGUCCCACAUUCCAGUCAGAAUUUCUGAGGAGAAAAGAAUGUCAUCUACCAUUCUUGAUAGUGUUUAUGAUCAGUCAAAAAAAUCAGCAUAUGAACUGUCAGCUAGAGUGUCCCAGUCAACUAUGAUUAAGGAACAAGUUCAGAGAGAAUUUGAUUAUGUAGAAGAUGAAAAAAUAAAACAUUCAAAAGUCACUAAAGUUACCAAGCAACAAGGUUCCAUAGUGUUAAGUCCUCCAGUGGAGGAAACUGAAAUAUCCCCUAGCAAAUCACCUGAUUCUUUAGACUUUAGUCCUGGAAAGGAAUCUCCUUCAAGUGAGGUAUUUGACCCUAGUCCCAUUGAUUACUUGGAUAAAGUUGCACCUUUAGUAAAUAGUGAGGGAGUGAAAGAGAUAAAGACUUUGCCAGUUUAUGUCAGUUUUGUUCAAGUAGGAAAGCAGUAUGAAAAGGAGGUGCAACAAGGAAAUGUAAAAAAAAUUGUAAGUCAGGAAAGUAAGACAGUACAAGAGACUAGGGGGACAUUUUAUACAGCUAGACAGCAAAAACAACCACCUUCUCCACAAGGUAGUCCAGAAGAUGACACACUAGAACAAGUAUCCUUUAUAGAUAGCUCUGGGAAAAGCCCUUUAACACCAGAAACACCCAGCUCAGAGGAAGUGAGUUAUGAGUUUACCUCUAAAACACCCGACUCACUAAUAGCUUAUAUACCAGGCAAGCCCAGUCCCAUACCUGAGGUUUCUGAGGAAUCAGAAGAGGAAGCAGAGGCUAAGUCAACCUCUGUAAAACACACAGCAGUGGAAGCUCCAAAAAUUGACAAAAUAUUGCCUAAUAAUAUAAACAAAGACUCUAACAAAAGACCCAAAAGUAACAGAGUUGCCUACAUUGAAUUCCCACCUCCUCCACCAUUAGAUGCAGAUCAAGCUGAGUCAGAAAAGAAUCAUCGUUAUUCCCCUGAGAGUGAAAUGGAGAUGAUAGAAGUAAAUCUGCAAGAUGAACAAGACAAAUGUCAGCUGGCUGAACCAGUCAUAAGAGUACAGCCACCUUCCCCCGUGCCACCGGGAGCAGAUGUCAGUGACUCUAGUGAUGAUGAAUCACUGUAUCAACCAGUUCCAUUAAAAAAAUAUACUUUUAAAUUAAAAGAAGUUGAAGAUGACCAGAAAGAAGCCUCAAAACCCAAAGUUUCUGACAAGAGUCAGAACCAGAAAGAGUUAGGGUAUCCCAGUUCUGGAAAACCUAAUGAGUUUGACAUUGGUCUUGAGUCACCCCAGAAUGACAUAGCACAAAAUGGGACUAAUGACCAGUCUAUCACCGAGUGUUCCAUAGCAACCACUGCAGAAUUCUCUCAUGAUACAGAUGCAACUGAAAUUGACUCUCUUGAUGGUUAUGAUUUACAAGACGAAGAUGAUGGUUUCACUGAAAGUGAUUCUAAACUUGCAGGUCCAGCAGAAGAAACCAAAAAGGAUAUAUGGACUACAGAGGGCAUUUUAAAACAGACUGAUCGUUGCUUUAGCCAAAGUAAGCUGGAAGUUAUUGAGGAGGAAGGAAAGGUAGGCGCUGAAGAAGACAAGCCACUUUCAAAAGGUCCAGGUUCUGAAAAGACCGAGCAGAAGUCAGGUGCACAAUUUUUCACCUUGGAAGGCAGACACCCCGACAGAACUGUGUUUCCUGAUUCGUAUUUCAGUUACAAAGUAGAUGAAGAAUUUGCAACACCUUUUAAAACAGUAGCUACCAAAAGUCUGGAUUUUGAUCCAUGGUCCAAUAAUCGAGGAGAUGAUGAAGUGUUUGAAACUAAAUCAAGGGAUGAUGAGGCUAAGCCAUUUGGUCUGGCAGUAGAAGACAGAUCGCAAGCAACGACACCUGAUACAACUCCAGCCAGAACUCCAACAGACGAAAGUACUCCAACUAGUGAGCCCAACCCCUUCCCAUUUCAUGAAGGGAAGAUGUUUGAGAUGACUCGCAGUGGUGCAAUUGACAUGAGCAAGAGGGAUUUUGUUGAAGAAAGACUCCAAUUUUUUCAGAUUGGUGAGCAUACUUCUGAAGGGAAGUCAGGGGACAAGGGGAAAGGGGAUAAAAGUACAGUCACUGCUAUCACACAGCCACAGUCAGGGGACAGCAUUGUAGAAACAAACUUAGAGAGACAAGUAGAAACAGCAGCAGUUGAACAUAAGCCUAUCAUCCAGGCCAGUGGAGAUUGUAUGGAAGCCACACUUGGUAGUAACUCUCUGGAGAAAUCAUCGACAACUGUUAACACUUCUAAAGUUGAUCCCAAAUUGCGCAUACCUAUUAAAAUGGGAAUUUCUGCUUCCACGAUGACUCUGAAGAAAGAUGGCCCUGGAGAAGUGACAGAUAAGAUAGAAGCUGUGAUGCCCAGUGGUCAGGGAUUAGAAAAUGAAACUGUAGCAGUGAUUACAAGUUCAGCUACUAGCCAGACAAGCUGUAGGCAAAAAGAAAAACAUGAUUUUCAAAAAGAUAAUUUUAAUAACAACAACAAUUUAGAUUCAUCUGGUAGCCAUACAAAUGAUAUUACCUGUAAUGUAGAGCUAAAAGAACAUUGUGAACCCAAGUGUUCCAUACAGAAAGCUAACCAAAUGAAAAGCACUUCAGGAAGAGGGACAGGGGCAACACAAGGACACAGAAUAUCAGAUAAGCCAAAAGUACAAGGACAGCAGCAAAGGUCAAGAGAGUUGGUAGGGAGUAGAGCAAAAUCGAAACUUCCCAUAAAGGCCAGUUCAGUAAAAGAAGUCGUCCCACCAAAUAAUGUCCAAAAAAGAAUAGCGAAUAAAGUGAGACAGGCUAGUAAACCCGACAAAAUAAAACAAAAUAAUUCUUCUCCAUGUCUAGAAUUAAGAUCUAAGAUUCCAGUAAAAAAUGUACCCAGGAAAAAUCUAGCUAUAUCUAGAAAAACACCAACAAUGCAAAAGCAAGAGCAGUUAGAAAAAGGAAAAAUCAAACAGCUUCCUUCCAAAUUACCAGUAAAGGUAAGAUCUACCUCUAUCACAAUGACAACAGUUAAAGUAAGGAAAAAUCAGCUUAGGGAGGUAUGUAAACAUUCUAUUGAAUAUUUUAAGGGAAUUAGUGGUGAGACAUUAAAGCUUGUGGAUCGUCUAUCUGAUGAAGAGAAAAAGAUGCAGUCAGAGGUGUCUGAUGAUGAAGAAGACAGUUCAUCAAGAAAUACAUCAUUAUCAGAAGCUACUCAAGUUUACCAGCCUUCCAUUACAUCGAAGUCUGCUAGAGAUAUGAGAACAGAGGCAGCAUCCUUAAAAUCAAAGAUUGAAAAGGUCGACAGUGAGAGGAGGAGAAGUAAAAGGACUGGUCCACAGAGUCCAUGUGAACGAACAGACAUAAGGAUGGCAAUUGUAGCUGAUCAUCUGGGACUUAGCUGGACAGAACUGGCAAGAGAACUGAAUUUUUCUGUGGAUGAAAUUAAUCAAAUCCGUGUAGAAAACCCCAAUUCUCUGAUUGCUCAGAGUUUUAUGUUAUUAAAAAAAUGGGUUACCAGAGAUGGGAAAAAUGCUACAACUGAUGCCUUAACCUCUGUAUUGACAAAAAUUAACCGAAUAGAUAUUGUGACGCUGUUGGAAGGACCAAUAUUUGAUUAUGGAAACAUUUCAGGCACUAGAAGUUUUGCAGAUGAAAAUAACGUUUUUCAUGAUCCCGUUGAUGGUUGGCAGAGUGAGGCAUCAAGUGUCCAUGUUGAACCACCAACGCCUGGGCGCAGAAUAAGUGGUGAACUACUAGAUCGGCUAGAUGAUAGCCUGGACCAAUGUAGGGAUUCUAUUACCUCAUAUCUGAAAGGAGAAACUGGGAAAGUUGAAACCAAUGGAAGCCGCACAGAAACUACAACAGAAGUAAAGACUAAAUCUUAUGUUCAAGAGUCCAUGAACAAAAUGGGAAAACAGAGUGACAAGGAAACUCUGAAACCAAAAACACGAAGCUCUGUCCAUACUGAAGAGCAAACAUUAUUAACAUCAUAUCAGAAAUCUUUAGAAGAGACCAGCAAGCCAACAGCAGAAGAGUCUAAAACCUCUGUGCCUGUCAGCAUGAAGAAGAUGAGCUGGAAAACUCCUGAAGAUAGCAAGCCAAGAGCAAACAUCCAGGAAGAGGCGGGAGCAGCAACGUCUGAACAAAAGCAGGGAGAAGGUUAUAAGGUUAAGACAAAGAGAGAAGUCAGACAUGUGGAGAAGAAGAGUUAUUCAUAACAGCAGAACACUUAACGGAUUGUGUGCUUUUACUGCCAGUAUUUGAGACAGACACUAUGGAAGAAAAAUCAACAGGAAUUAAACAUUCACUGAUACAAGUGUGCGUGUGUUUGCUGCUUCCACACAUUAACCGCAUGGUUUUUAUGCAAAAAAAAAAAAAACAAUAAAAAUUUAAUUUAGCAUGAGCCAAUUUACAGAGCAUGGAAAUUCAUUUUCAUUCACAGGAUUGGAGUGUGUGCAAUUAACAAUGCAGUGUAUAUACAAGAUUGCCAUGCUGUUAACAGCUUUAUUUCAAGCAGUUUGAUGUCAUCAUAAAAGAAAUAAAUUCCUGUGGUCAGAGGGGAUAUAAGAAGAUGAAAUGGCUAAAACAUGGAAAGACACUAAAAUUACUAAAUCCACAACAGCUCGCCUUAUUUUUCUUGGACCCAAACUGUCAGGGUAUAAAACACUAUUUCUUUCUUUUUUAAACAUCAAUAGUUUUGCUGUAAAUAAAUAACACUGUAUAAAUUCUAACAGAAAAUAGAAUAAAUGUUGAUAAGGCACUGCCUCUUAGAUCACAAACAGAAUAUUGCAAAUGCAUUGAGCAGGCUAGGUGUCUCAAAUGGCUACACCUACAAGGAUAUUCUGGGUGUAUCUUCACAGAUUCUUGUAUAUUAGCAAUUAUAAUGUUUGUAUAUGCAAAAAUGCUAGCUUGAUUUUAAAAAAAUCUUUAAAAUCUGCUGCAAAUUUAAAUGAUUCCCAAAAUGAGGAAUUCUGUAGUUCUGUGAAAACUUUUCUUCAGAGUACUAAUAUUUUGAUGCAUGUUUCACCUUAUUUUGAUUAAAUCUUUUCCAGUUUUGCAAACACUGUACUGCAACAUGAUAAAUAGGAUUUUAUCUGUAAACACAAGGCCCUUCAUCUAAUAUUUGUUGCUGUUGCCAAUUUUUCAAUGAAAUGACCUAACAACAUACCAUAUACAGUAGUUGCAUUAUGGGGAGGGGUUGCUAUCUGUUCUUGCUUUAUAAUGGGGGUAAUGCUUGCAACUUUAGAACUGGGUUGGUGCUCUUAUAAAGCACAAGUUUGGGAUAUUUUAAAAUGAACCGAAGAGAAAUUAUUAGCUAAUAGACUGGCAGCACGCUGUAAAAUUAUUACUGUAUCGUGUACUGGCUAUAAGAUGUAGAAUCUUUCAGUAAGCCAAUCAUCUGUAAUCAUUCUAGCAGUGUAAUAAUAGGUUGUUAAGGCUGCUGUGUUUUAAAAGGCAUUUUUAUUUGGAUUUUGGUGAAAUACUUUAAUUUGUUGAUUAUAUUCAUAUGAAAACAACAUUCAUUGAUAAUAGCUCUAAUUAUGUAUGAAAACAACAUACACUGGAUGAUCUAGCUGAUUAUUUAAGCAUAAAAUAAAUUGUGUUAAAACUCUUCAA